AUACCAUUCUCAUAGCUGCCUUUCCUUCCGUUUUGAGCGUAUGAAUGAGGUCAAGCAAGCGAGCAUUCGUCGGGCCUUCUGCAUCCCGACAUCGCAGGCCACCAAGGUCAUCCAAUCUAGCCACUUCGCCUCACAGUUCCUCCUGCCCCCUCGAACUUCCCCCCAUGCCCAACGCAGCCUUUACCAUGCCCAAAGCCGGACCUUGGCCUCAUGGUCAGCCUGCGAUGACUCCCACCCGGGCUGCUACACAGGCGGCGGACCUUGAGGAGGGUACAUGUGGCCGUCCUUUUCGACCUUGGGCUCACAAGAGCAGCGUUGAUUCUCAGGAAUCGAGUCCAUCACGCUUGGCACAUGCUGCCCGCAUCCCCACCACGUCGACUUGUCUGAGCGGACUGUCAGUCUGUGGCGGGAGUGAUUCGGAGUGGAGGAUGCGGUCAGGCAACCAACAUACUGCAAGUCCCGCAUGUUGAUUUGCGGCACAUUUUCAAUCCGUUCUACUGGCUUUGCUGUCUUUGGAGGUGGAAAUGCCUUUGGAUGGUGUAGUUUCGUGUGUGUUCAAUGUACGUUCCCGAGUGGUAGAUGGGCCAACUUGCACUCGUUCUCCCAUUCUCUGUCGGGUAGCCGAAAGGUUGUGGCUGAGGGUGUGGCGCAUCUCCAACCCGGCAGACCUCCUCUCCAUCAGCGCGGAAAGGCCGGCGGUAACCGCGG